AUGGCCCUGAAGGCUAUGCUGAGGCUGGUGGCAUCACAGGAUGAUAGGAUCUGGAUUGCAGAGUCACUGUCUGGUAUAGAAAAGUCCGUGGUGCCUUGGGCCAACGACCAGGAUGUCCCUUUCUGCCCAGACUGUGGGAAUAAGUUCAGCAUCCGUAACCGCCGCCACCACUGCCCCCUCUGUGGGCCUAUUAUGUGCAAGAAGCGUAUGGAGCUCAUCAGCCUCCCUUUUGCAAACAAGCUCACCAGUGCCAGCAAAGAUUCCCUGAGCACCCACACCAGCCCCAGCCAGUCACCCAACAGUGUCCAUGGCUCCCGCCGGGGCAGUAUCAGCAGCGUGAGCAGUGUAAGCUCCGUCCAGGAUGAAAAGGAUGACGACCGGACCCGCUGCUGUACACACUGCAAGGACACGCUGCUCAAGAGAGAGCAGCAGAUUGAUGAGAAGGAGCACACCCCCGACAUUGUAAAGCUCUAUGAGAAAUUACGACUUUGCGUGGAGAAAGUUGACCCAAAAGCUCCUGAAUACAUCAGGAUGGCAGCAUCAUUAAAUGCUGGGGAGACAACCUACAACCUGGAACAUGCCGGUGACCUUCGAGUGGAAGUGCAGAAAGUGUACGAACUCAUAGAUGCUUUAAGUAAGAAGAUCUUAACCUUAGGCUUGAACCAGGACCCUCCACCACAUCCGAACACUUUGCUGCUGCAGAGGAUGAUCAGAUACUCAGCUACACUUUUUGUGCAGGAAAAGCUGCUGGGUUUGAUGUCACUGCCAACCAGAGAACAGUUUGAGGAACUGAAAAAGAAAAGGAAACAGGAAAUGGAGAGGAAGAAGAUCCUGGAGAGACAGGUUGACGUGGAGUCCCAGCGACGGUCUGAGGAAAGGCGGAGUGACCUGGCGUCUCCUGCGGCCAAUGGGGAGGUGGUGUCCCUUCGAGGGGGACCUGCCCCCCUGAGAAAGGCUGAGGGCUGGCUCCCACUGUCAGGAAGUCAGGGGCAGAGGGAAGACUCAGACCCCCUUCUCCAGCAGAUCCACAGCAUCACAUCCUUUAUUAGACAGGCCAAGGCUGCCGGGCGGACGGACGAAGUGCGCACACUGCAGGAGAACCUGCGGCAGCUGCAGGCUGAGUAUGACCAGCAGCAGACAGAGAAGGCCAUUGAGCUAUCCCGGAGGCAGGCUGAGGAGGAGGACCUGCAGCGGGAACAGCUGCAGAGGCUUUGUGAACGGGAGUGGGAACGAGAGAGGGAGCAGUUCCGGGCUGCGUCCCUACAUACACGGACUCGGUCCCUGGACUUCCGAGAAAUCAGGCCUUUUCAGCUGGAGCCUAGCAGGGAGCCUCCUACCCACCUUGCUUAUGCUUUGGAUCUAGACUCUUCCUCGGUUCAGAGCAGUGCAGCCUUGGAGACCCCUUCGCCCAUCUCAACUCUCGAGCCAGCCAGAGUGUGGUCUGGGCCUCCAGCCAUCGGGCAGGAAUCCUUCCCCCAGAGCAUCAUGUCACAGCAAAAUGAGCUGGCCUCCCUGAACCCCUUCGAUGAGGAAGACCCCUCCAGCCCCACAGCAGAGGGCACUACCAGCCCUCCUGCUACAGAGCCUUCCUUUGGCUCUAACACAAGCUUUUAUUCAGAAUUUUACUCUCUCUCUCUGCAUUUUCAUACACCAUCUUGUAAAGUCUGA